CUCGUCACUAAUCAUCUGAGCUGAUUGGCCAGAGCAACAGGAAACGCUUUGCUCUUCCGAUGUUACCAUCCAUGCGAGCUGUGCAUCUAGCUAACCAGCUCCAGGGACAGCCGACUUGAGUUUAAUCGCGUCACGUACGAAGCUGAAGAAGAAACCCCAAUGGUGGCAGCAUGAAGAUCAAGCCCGCUAGAAAGGAGUCGCUGCUCAGAAAGAGAAGGGGAACCACACAACAAGGCGAUUUGCUCAUAGUUAAAACUGAAUCUCAAGUGCAGCUGGAUGAUAAGGAAGCUAACCAGGCUAACAGUAAUGGACUUGAUCCCAACAUCCAGAUCAAAGAGGAGCCUGAUUUGCAUGCCAUCAGCGAGGAGCACAACGGGGACAUAUCAAGCUUAAACAUUAAAGAUGAGCCUGACUCGGAUCCUCAGCCAGAGUGUGAAUUCAGCAAUGCAGCAGUCAAGAGUGAAUCAGAGGCGAGUGUGAAGGAAGAGAAUGAAGGUGAGGAGGCGCGGCACGAGGGGGAGGGUGCAGACAACAUCCAGGAAGACGAGGACGGUGAAGGAGGACAACAAGAGAACCAUAAAGACUCUUCCGCUGAGUUCUUCCCUUGUCCACACUGCACCGUCUCCUUCACCGACUGGGAUUUCUUGGAGAAACAUGUCAAGUGGGUCCACCAGAAGCAGUACCUUGCCACGCUGAAAAAAUGCCUCUCCGGUCGCAAGCUCAACCUCAUCUCCAAGCACACCUGCACCGUCUGCAGUAGCACCUUUAACUCCAAGGUACACCUCCGGGUCCACGUGCGUGAAGCCCAUCCGUCUGCCCCGCCCCGCAGACUCCACCCCUGCCCGACGUGCGCCCGCAGCUUCCAGUACCUGAAGAACCUGAAGAAUCACUGCCAGCGUUGGCACAACAUGUCUGUGGUCACAAGAGGGGGGCAUCUCAGUUGCGCCGACUGCGGGAAGAGCUUCAAAACAACGUGGGGUCAGGGGCCGCAUGUGUGUCAUGAACCCGAGGACACGAAACCUCACGAUAAGCCGGUGUGUCUGGACAUUGGUGUGCAGUGUUCGGAGUGCGGCAAGAAGGUGAGCACACCGCAGAGCUUGGAGGAUCACAUGCGCAUCCACACAGGAGACAGGCCCUUUGUCUGCAAGGAGUGUGGCAGGAGGUUCUCGGAGCGCAGCGGUUGGCGCCAGCACAUGAAGAUCCACACGGGGGAGAAGCCGUACAAAUGCGAGGUCUGCGGGAAGGCCUUUCUGCGCUCACACCACCUCAAAUGCCACUUGACCACUCACUCUGGCAAGAAGGAAUAUUCAUGCUCUCAAUGCGGAAAGCAGUUUGGAUUCAAGUCGAGCCUGGACCUCCACCUGAGGUCUCAUUCCAGUGAGAAACCAUAUCACUGCAACGUGUGUGGCAAGAACUUUAACACCAGCAGAAACCUGAGGGUCCACACUAAACUGCACACCAAUGAGAAAGGCCACCAGUGCGGGGACUGCGGACUGAAAAUUGGGGAUCUCGGGGCUUUAAAAAUACACUUGCGGACACACACAGGGGAAAGGCCGUACCACUGCACAGUGUGUGGCAAAAGGUUCAUUCGCCUCUCACAUCUGAGAAACCACCAGCGCACGCACACCGGCGAGAGGCCCUACAAAUGUACUGAAUGUGACAAGAGCUUCACUCAGUCUGGUGACCUGGUGAAACACAAGAGGAUACACUCAGGGGAAAAACCCUUCGAAUGCCCAGACUGCCACCGUCGCUAUACUUCCUCUGGGGAUCUGGGCAAGCACAUGAGGAGCCACACUAACCUGCGUCCCUACUCAUGCAAAGAAUGUGGGAAAAGCUUUCGUUUGUCAGGGCAUUUAAAGACCCACAUGCUCACCCACACGGGGGAGAAGCCAUACUCCUGCCCUAAAUGCCUUCGCAGGUUUGCUCGCUCUCACCACCUGUCCGGCCACGUCGCCAAAUGCCGUUAAGUCUUUAUGGGAGUGCUGUUUGGAUGCUAAACAAGCAAAACUCCAAGCUGUAAAUAUUAAUGAAUUAUUUAUAUGAAGUUGCUCUAGCUCUCCUGACUCAAACAGUUUUAAUUUAUUUUGGAAAGUGAACUGAGUAUAUGAAUGAGGUUUACAGAAGCAUGGGACUUUUUUUUAAUGCACUAGACUACAACUAGUAUGGUUAUGUCCAAGAUUAUUUGAAUUACUCUUGCAAGAUGUAAUUUUAAAGGACUUCUAAGAAAACUAUGGGGAUGGUCAUUUUGUCAUAUGGGGAGGUUUGAUCCCUGCAUUGAACACUGUAUAAUUCGCAGAAAUGUAAUAAAUUGAUAAAUUAAUGCAUGAACACAAGACAGUGUGCUGUUACCCUGCCUCAAGUCACUAGGAGACAUACUGAUGCCAUGCAGUUUGUUUUUAAAUGAUGUUUUAAAAUAAUGUUGUUAUUCAUUUGUACAAUGUACAAACAACAGGACAACAAUGUCUGGAACACAAACAUAAUAAAUCACAUCCUGUGCAGCCUGCGACCCAAUUCCCAUCCCAACCUCUCUGCAGGACAUUACAUAGUAAUACAAAACAAAUAAAAUUACAAAAAUAGACAAUAAGAAGAAUCAAGUCCAUGGGUAGUGAUUGUGUGAGGACUAUCUGCAGUAAUUAGUAAGAACGAGAACUGUAGUAAGUAAGAACACAACACUGUUUAAGAGAAAAAUGAAGGCAUUGUUAUUUUUAAUAAACACCAAAUACAGCAA